CACGCCUCACAUUGCUGAAAGCACCCAUUCGCCUCUAUAUUGAUUAUUUUGUAGCAGCCAGCUAUUACAUUUCUGCUUUACCCAAACUACAGAAUCCGCCAUUAUUAGCAUUAACAUGGCCAAUACCUUCAUGAAUAGUAGUAGUGACAUCUACGGGAUACCGGACCAGGCCAGAAUGGACUUUUGGCUCAACCACGCUCACCUCUCUGAGGAGCAGCGCCAGGCAGCUGGGUCGCACGGCACCCUGUAUCCAAACAACGGCUUCGACAUGCCCGCACAGCCAUCGAUGGUACCAAGGACGAUGCCCAACAGCAUGUCGAACUUGACCCAACUUCCUGUAUGGAUAUCAUCUUUGGAGGUCGCUCUCCCCGUGUUCUAACCUCCAGCAGAUGGACCGCACCCAGUCCGCUCCGGUCUCCAGACCCCGAUCCACGACCAUCCCAGAGAAUAACGACCUCCAGCGCUCAGCAAGCGACUUCGGCGUAUGGCUCGCGACUUCCAACGAAUCGACGGGCGACUAUGCUCUCUACUCGGGCUCGAUGCAACCCCAGGCGAGUCUCCAGGCAAUCCCUGAGACUACGGUUGAGUACACCCCGAGUGACUACAUCAACACGUGUAUCGAGGCAACAUCGCCUUCAGUGCCCUUUGAUAACAUGCACGUGCAACUAACCCCCCAAUGGUGUCAAUCGUCAGAUUACUCCACGUCGCCCAGCACACCUCAGACUGCAAUGAUGACUCCUGUUACUCAAUCUAGUAACACCAUGAGUCGUCGGAGCAGUCUGAACACCCCUUUCAUUGAUGAGACUUCUUUGCGCGUCCCUUUUGAUUCUCAGUACCUGGCUAUCCUUCCCGAGGAUAGCCAACUUUCCUUCUCUGCGUCUUCAUGUAUCAAUGGAUCGAAAUUCGAUCCUAAUUUCCUUAGUUCCUUCACUGGUCCCGUGGCCAGUGACCCUGUCCUGUUUCCUGCGUUUACUUCUGUCCCUGUCUCAAAUGCAAGUGUUUACGCACUUGCUCCUUCCGGUCACCAACAGAACGAGUCGUACCUGGCGGAGGAUAUGCGGAGGUCGACAUCCCACCAAUCGUCCGAGAGCAGCGCGAGCAGCACACGCUCCAGCAUCUCCCGGCGAUCCCGGCGCGAGCGCGAGAUCAACGCCGCCGCCGCAUCGCGCCCGCUCGCGCCCAAAGCAGGCGACGCCGCCGCCGCCUCAUCCCGCGACCAGAUGGCGCGCGUCGUAUCCUCGGACGGGUCCAGCAAGAACGUCGGCGUGAUAAGCAAGGCGCCGUACGUGCGCCCGCAGCACCCGAAGAUCAUGUGCGCGCAGUGCAACUUGCGGCCCAACGGGUUCCGGGGCGCGCACGAGCUGGACCGGCACGUACUGCGCGCCCACGCCGCGGUGCGCAGGGGCUACGUGUGCGUCGCGCCCGCGUUCCAGAAGCACUUCCUCGACAACUGCAAACACUGCCGCAACGGCAAGGUCUACGGCGCGUACUACAACGCCGCCGCGCACCUGCGCCGUGCGCACUUUCACCCCCGCAAGCGCGGCCGCAAGGGCAAGAACGACGAGAAGCGCGGCGGUAUCGGUGGCGGUGAUCACCCGGCUAUGGAGUGGCUGAGGGAGCACUGGAUUCGCGACCUGGAGGUGCCCAACACGGUUGACAGCGAGUCGGACAGUGCGGGUGAGACUCCUGGUGCUGGUGCUGGUGCUAGUAUCAGCGUCGGUGCAGCUGGUGCAAGUAACGCCCUCUCGCCCCCCCUCGCCCUCGACGCACCGCCGCAUCCCGCAGCCUCGCUUGCGCCCCCGCAGAUGCCGCUCGACUACGGGCUCAGCGACUCGAUCCAGCCCGCGGACCCCGUUGCGUACGAGACGUAUGCGUACGCGUCCGUCGAUGGGUUCGAGUUCGAUGCCUACCGGACGCGUUCUUAGGCCUGCGGUGUGGUCCGGGCAUGGUGUGAUUUUAUUUGUUUUCGUGUAUGUGAUCUACUGUGUGUUUGGGGCUACGUUGGAUCUUACGGAGUUGGUUAGGCGUUUGAUGAUUGAGACCACCAGCGAACGCGGCUGUGGUAGGUCCGCAUCGGUGUACAUAUGGGUCUGGGUCUGGGUUUAUGCCCAUGGGCUUCUUUUCGAGGUUAUUGGAUAGCGGUUAGGUAUUCUUUCAUCGCGGCAACGUCGCUGCUGGUAUUCUAGUACGUAUUUAC